AGGAUUUAAACAGACGUGUAUUUAAAGUAAGAGAUACACACAAGCCAGGAAGUAAAGUGUAUUUCGAGAUCAGUCUUUUUGCUAAGAAUUCCAAGCCUAAAAGAUCUAUCAAAUUGAUUUAUUUGUAACUAAUGUAUUCAGCAAAGAAUGGCAACAGGGUUAAUGUCAGAACUAGAAACUCACCUGAACCACAACAGUUCCACAAUGAAUAAUAUUUUUAUCGAUCAGGGUGGUGAGUGGGAUUAUAGCCUGUUUGAUGAGCUGGGAGAUUUGGGAGAUGCAGAAGAGCUGCUGCAGUGUUUGGCUCAUGAAUCAGAUGUAUACAAUGAUGGAGGCCUUGAUUUUGAUAUUGAUUUAAUGCCCUGGGAUGAGACUAGCAGUAGCUGCACAGAUUGGGAGAGGGCAGCUGGCUCCCUCUCCCCGACCACGACAAUCAGUUCAGCCCCGUCUCCUUCCUCUGUGGACACCCUCUCGCCAUACAGUGUACCUGAAGAGUUCAAUAUCUCUUCUCAGUCUCAGCUGUCUCCUGUAUCCCUGUAUUCAGACACCAGCGGCUCUGAUCUGAAGGUAGAGCGCAAAGCCUGGAGGAAGAGUGCCACAGGAAAGUCCUCUUCAAAUCCACCAAAGCGCCCAAUUCAGGUGACACCAAAGAUUUCUAUUCAGCCUAAGCCAGUAGUCACAGCAGUUCCCUUUUCUCUUAACACUGGCAAUAUUCCAGCUAAACCAAUACUAAUCCAGCCUCUUCAUACUGUGCUGCCUGGGUUGAAGCAGCAACCUGUUACCAUCCAACCAGCUCUUCCUGGAGGACGACCAGUGGUGCUGCAUCAGCCAAUCCAAGUGGUGCAGCAGGUCUUGACCACGCGGCAGGUUGUAACCCUCGCUGAUGGGGUCAUCACUGUCACCAAUCACCCUGGAGACAGACUGACUACCACCGGAAACGCUGCACUCCCCGCAGUUGCCCAGAGCCAGCCCAUCUCUGUGGGACACUACCAGACCGGAGCUGCUGACGGAGAUAAUGUGUUGAGGAGACAGCAGCGUAUUCUCAAAAACCGUGAAUCUGCUUCUCAAUCGAGGAAAAAGAAAAAGGAAUAUCUGCUCACUCUGGAGGCCAGGUUGAAGGUAGCUCUGUCUGAAAACGAAAAACUGAAGAAUGAAAAUGGUUCCCUUCAAAAACGGCUUGAUGGGCUUUCAUCAGAGAACCUAAUCCUGAAGAUAACAGCACCAAAAAGGAGGUCUGUUUGUGUCCUGGUGGUCUUGGCAUUCAUAAUGCUGAACAGUGGCCCAUUGAGUUUAUUUCAGCAAGAUCCAAGCACCAAGAUCUCCAGUGCAGUACACAGCAGCAGACAUCUGCUUGAAUUCUCGACUGAAAAUGAGAAUAACAUGGCGCAGGAAACACCUGAGUUUCUCAUUCCACAAACCCCUGACAGAUCUGACAGCUCAGCCUUGGAUCAGAAGGCCUUGAUGGUGGUGAGGGAGGAGCCUCUGUUGUAUUUUCCAUCUCCCUCAUGUCAGCCUCAUGUCAACAGGACCAAGUCUAUCAGGUUAGCUCAUGAGCUGCGUGGCUGGGUUCAUAGGCAUGAAGUUGAAAGGACAAAAUCCAGAAGGAUGACGAACAGUCAGCACAAAGCAAGAAGCAUGCAGAAAUCUCAGGAUAAAAAGGCUGAUGUUGCCCAGUUUGUGACGGUCCAGUACACUGAUACAGCUGACAAGAACUCAGGGAGUGAAUUACAGGUAUAUUAUGCUGCACACCGCAGUUACCAGGAUUUCUUUGAUGAGAUUCGUAGAAGAGGGGACACCUUUUAUGUUGUUUCAUUUCGGAGGGAUCAUCUCCUUUUGCCUGCUACAAGCCAUAACAAGGGAAGAAGACCAAAGAUGUCCUUAGUUCUGCCAGCUAACGUGAAUGAAAGUGUAAUAAAGAAUGAGGACUAUGAAGUCAUGAUGCAAAUAGACUGUGAGGUCAUGGACACCAGGAUUCUCCACAUCAAGACCUCCUCUAUCCCACCAAUCCUACGGGAACCACGGGAGAAUCGGACCAACUCCUUCUACCACUCGACAUCGGCUAGCAACCAGGCCACUCCUGUUGGAGCAAUCGUUGAAUCUAUGAAAUAACAAUUAAAAACAAACACACUGUCAACUGUUUAGUAGAUGUAGAUGUUAUGUCUCUGUCUUCAUCAGUUUGCCUGUGUUGAUAUGUUUAUUUGUGCUUCCCAGAUUUUCUGCUUUUUAUUACAAUUCAUGGAAAUGUCAUUAUUGUAUGUCAUUUUUAAUGUCCUUCUGUUAAGCUUCUGAAGUGCCUUCUCUGACUGUUUCCUGUGGUUUCCCCUCUUUGUUUCUUUUAUUUUAGUUUCUAGUGCUGCAAUAAUUUAGAUAACAAUGCUUCACCCCUAAUGUACUACACAUUAGAAAAAGACAUGACAAGGCAACAAAGCGCAACAUACUCACCUGUGUGGUUCAUUUCUUCAUCUCCAUAUCCCUCUGUCCUUAAGUCUCAAACACGUCCUGUUCUCUAUGGUAACUACCAUUCCUUGGCUUUUUGUUCUGUGUCUUUUAUUACCUGUUUGUGUGAAAUAGUUUCUACCUCAUUUCCUUUUCCUUUCUUGAGGCCAUUUUUUAGCCCACUAUUCCAAAAAAGAAAAAAACAAACCAGAUUGCAAGCAGGCAUGACUGAGUGAAGUGUAAAGAAUGGAAGAACUUUCAAAGUGGGCAGUGUGCUGUCUCUGGAAAACAAGGACAUAAGAAAAGAGAGAGACGAGAGAAUUUACAAGACAAGCCCUUGCAAUUAAUUGUGAUGGCUGGAUAAGACAUAAAAAAUGUUAUUGAAUGUCACAAGUCCAUGCAUUGUGAGUUUCCUUUUAAAUAUAGCUGAAGAAAUUGUAGGCACACCAGUCAAUUUUGUGUUUCAGCGUCUACACUUGCACGCACUAGAACCCUGAAUACAGACACAGAGAGUAAUUCAAUUUGAAAUGUGGUUGAGUCUUAGUUUUGCAUAAGGCUUAAUCUGUCUGUGAAAACUAACUAUGCAGUUUCAUUAUUACUGUGUUUCAUAUUCAGCAUUAUGACUACAUGAACAGAUUCGUAAGUUGUUAUAGUGUAAACAUUUUCUUUUUUCUUAAUUGAAUGUUUUAAUGGUUAGAUUUUUACAAAAGUUAAAACAAAAAAAAAAAAAACUUUUAUGCAUAGUAUUUUAUUACAAAUGUUUACGUAAAACAUGGUAAUGUCCGACUACAUUUAUAUAAGAUACAAAGUAUAAAUAUCUGCUGUCAGAAAAUUAUAACACUUUAAAAUGAGAAAUGAUUCAGCAUAUAUAUCUAAAAUAUGUGCUAAGUUUGUUUUUGCUUGUGAUACUUCCCUGAUUGAGAACAAGAAGGGCACCACAUUAAAGCAAACUCAAUCUUUGAUGCUGUGAUCGCAAACAUACUAAGAUUGUAUCAAAAAAGCUGCCCUAGCAUUGUAGAUUAGUGGUAAAAAAAAAAAAAAAAAAAAAAACAUCUGGCAUUGUACAUAUAUUGCUUUGGCAUUAAAGUUGACAACUCCAUGCAGAAUUGAUUCUCUAGAUUUAGAGCUCCUUCGGAAGCUACUGAAAAAAUAAAUUUCUUAUUUAAAAGUCUCUGGGGUGUGAAGAUAAUGUUAGCUGUUUUUUAUUUGGUAUGGAUAACAUUUGUAUAGUAAUAACACCUGGUGGUCAGAUGUGCAGUACAGAAAUUAUUCGAAUGUAGACGAAUGGAUUCAUUAAAUAAGUUAUUAGAUAGAAAGUAUUUUUACAAUAAAAAAUAAAAAAUACUCCAAAAUGUGAAAUACAUUGUUAUGUUUGUUAAAAAAAAGUAAUUCUAAAGCCUCCUCAUGUGUGAGGUUAAUUGCUUUCUUGUCCCAGUUAUUACUACUACAGUCCUCCUACUUGAGGCCCCCUUGAUGGCAGUUUUUCAUUUAAUUGGGUUAAUGCAUAACAUACAAGAGAAGAUACUGUUUUGUGUGUAGUAAAUGGAUUGUGGCCAAUGUCAAUCCGGCAACUCAUUCAAACCUAUGAAUAGUAAAAACAGCACUUUGUGUACAAGUUUAAAUUAUAAGUCAGAUUUUAGCCAACACCACCCAAUUAACUCUUACCAUAAAAUGCUUCCCAAAAACAUGUAUGUUUAAUAUACUGCAUAAACAAUGUAAUAAAUGUUUAUAUAAGAAAUGAUAUUGCUAUUGUUUGUAAAACAUGAAUAUUUGUGGAUUAAAUGAUACAGUUGUGAAAGAGUAUGAUGUAUUUUUAAAACAGUAUGUUACAAACACACAGCUGAUGUGUGGAGGUCGAUAGUGGACGUUCAUCUUGAGCAGGUUCUACUGCCUCUUGUGUCUAAAGGGAGCCUAGUUUUCUUUACUGUGGGAUGGAUGGGUAUGAGUACUGCACAGAUAACAAAUCCUUUUGUUUUUGUAAUGAUGGAAAAGCACAUAAAUAAAGAAAAACAUGAAAUAACAGGUUUGAGCUAUGAAUUUUAUUUUUCUGGAUAUUCUGUGUGAAUGGAUAUGAGUGAUGUGUAUUACAUUUCUAUAUCUGGGCCAUAUUCAUAAAGCAUUUAACAUUAUGCUAUGUUUGUAUCAAAAAAAAAAAAAAAAAAAACUGUAACCCACUGAUGUUACAGAACCAGCAAGAAACAAGGUGCAUGCAGGUGCUGUUAAAUUAACAGCAUUUUUCUCUUCUUAGAAUAAAAACGAUGUUAAUUACAUUAUGAACACGAUCCUGGAAGUGCUACCAUUUCAAAAUUAAAAAUACAAAACUAAAGUAAGGCAUAUUGUUAACAUUUAAAGAUUCAGCAUUUAUUUCUAGAAGUUUAAACCGUUAUCCACAGUACACCACAAAGCCAAAGAAAGGAAGACCAUAAGAGCUCACAACACUGAUCUUUUGCCACAGUAUCUGGGACAAACUUUAAAUCUUGCUGUUACUAUUUUAUACAAUGAAAAAUCCUUGUGUGCUUGUUCUACCAGCCGCUUUGAUGCUUUAGUAUCACGAUAAUGAAGUUGACCCUAAUUUGAUAGAAAUAAAAUAACUAUAAUCUCUGUUGCAAAGGGAUUUGUGUUGGUUUGCUUAUAUUUAGAAUGAAAAAAAAAAAAAAAAGCAGGACCAGCAACUGCAGUAGAUCUUAAUUAUAAUGCAUGUUGCUUAGUGAUGUUGCAGAAUAUUAAGUGCUUUGUGAUGAUAUAUGAAGUUGAAAUAAAACAAUCAACUUUUGUGAAUCACUUUUUAAAGCAUAUCAAAUAGUUUGUUUUUGUACCAGCUUUAGAACCAAAUAUAAGUAUAUAAGUCUUAUAGGAGAUAUUGACAAACUGUCCUAGACAUCCUCUACGAGGUGUCCAUGUGCAUUCCCAAACUUUGUAUUAUGUCCAAGGUAUAUCUUCUGUACUUUUGUUCAGAAUUUGUCAUGUAUUUAUAGCAAGUAAAAUAAAAGGUGUAUCAUGCUAAAAGAACACUUCAGGCAGCAAAGAAAUGUUGAAUAUUAAAUACCAGUAUUAAAAAGCAUA